ACACGUCAAACUAACAAAUAACUGUCAAAAUUCAAUACAUUUAAAUUCUAAUGCAACAUAAAUUCUAGUAACUUAAACAUGUCCGGUUCAAUUUUCUUAUCAGCUAUAUCCCACAUUCGAAAGGCUCUUCAUCGGUCCAUAAGCCUGUCACGUUACGAUACAGCCAAAAAUGCCCAAGGCCCUUUCCCUCCAACAAAGAAUCCAGAACUACCAGUAGACGGUACAUCAGCGGUUUAUCUCGAAGAAAUGUACAAGGCCUGGUUAACUGACCCCAAGAGCGUCCAUCAAUCUUGGGACGCAUAUUUCCGCAGUCUGACAUCAGGCGGUACAGCAGUCAAACAGUCUGGAACCACCCCAACUCUAUUUUCAAGCACACCAAGUGCAGCUCCACCGUUGCUAGCUUCAGCUCCCGCAGUGGCUACUGCAGAUGCUAGCUCUGCUUCUAUCGAAGAGCAUAUGCAUGUGCAAGCUAUCAUUAGGAGCUAUCAGGUAAGGGGCCAUUUAGUGGCCCGACUGGACCCUUUGGAAGACAUGUUCGACGUCAAAGACAAAACCACGUCAUAUUCCGAAAAAUACGGGCAAUAUCCACCGGAAGUGAUAAGAUAUCACAGGCUAGACGCCAACAUGUUGAAUAACACUUACACCCUGCCUCCUUCAACAAAAAUCGGUGGUGAUCAGCGUCAGUUGCCUUUAAAGGAGAUUCUAAAACGUUUGGAGCUGACUUACUGUCGUCACAUCGGUUUGGAAUACAUGCACAUCCAUGACGUGGAACAAUGCGAUUGGAUCAGGUCGAAAUUUGAGACUCCUGGAGCAAAAGAGUUGAAGAAACCUGAAAAGCGUUUGCUGUUGAACCGGUUGGGCAGGGCUGUACUGUUCGAAGAUUUCCUGAAGAAAAAAUGGUCUUCGGAAAAGAGGUUCGGUCUGGAAGGGUGCGAAGUGAUGAUCCCCUCCAUCAAAACGAUCAUAGACGAGUUCGCCAAAAAUGGCGGUGAAAUGGCUAUAAUUGGUAUGGCGCAUCGCGGAAGACUAAACGUUUUGGCGAACAUUUGUAAGAAGCCUUUGGAGCUGAUUUUCUCGCAGUUUCGAGGGUUACAGCCGGAAGACGAGGGCGCCGGGGAUGUGAAGUACCAUUUGGGGGUGUAUAAUAAACGCAUACUGGCCUCAACAAACAAAGAUUUCACCACCGUUUUAGUAGCCAACCCCUCCCAUUUGGAAAUGGUGAACCCGGUAUGUGCAGGCAGGGUAAAAGCCGAGCAAGUACUCAGGAACGAUGUUAAGGGAGACAAGGUUAUUCCGAUUAUAAUGCACGGUGACGCGGCCAUAUGUGGCGAAGGCGUAGUCUACGAAACCAUUAACAUGGCCAACCUAAUCGACUACCAUAACGGCGGUACCAUACACGUGAUCGUCAAUAAUAAAAUCGGGUUCACUACCGAUCCUAAAUAUUCCAGGUCAUCUCCUUAUUGCACAGAUGUGGGAAAAACCGUCGAGGCUCCGAUUUUCCACGUAAACGGUGACGAUCCAGAAGAAGCGAUUUACGUGGCCAAAAUGGCUGCGCAAUUUAGAUCGAAGUUCCAUAAAGACGUGGUUGUUGACCUCACCGGUUAUAGAAGAUAUGGACACAAUGAAAUGGACGAACCGAUGUUCACUCACCCCGUAAAAUAUACCCUCAUCCAGAAAACCCCGAAUGUUUUUGAAAAGUAUGCCAAAGUGGCAGUUGAAACGGGUGUGGUCACACAGGAGGAAGUGAAAGCUUUCAGGGAAGAGCAGGAAAAGCAAAUGGAGGCGGAUUUCGGGAACGCUGCCAAGCAUACGACCAUAAGGUUCGGCGACUGGAUCGAUAGUCCUUGGAAGAAUUUCUUUAAGAAUAAAGAUCCGAACAAAUGCGAACCCACUGGAGUGAGCCUGGAUGUGAUCAAGACAAUUUCCGAAGCAUUUUCACACGAACCCAAGGACUUUGUAAUACAUAAAGCCCUCCAAAGAGUGAUGCACGCCCGCCAAGAGAUGUUAAAACAAGAAAUCGCCGAUUGGGCGAUGGGUGAAGCGAUAGCGAUCGGCAGUCUCGUACACGAAGGAAUUCCAGUGAGAGUUUCCGGACAGGACGUGCAACGAGGCACCUUUUCCCACAGACACCACAUGGUCCAUCACCAAACCAAAGAUAAUACGCGUUAUCAGUACCUCAAGGACAUUUUUCCCGGUCAGGCCAAGUACGAGAUCUGCAACAGUCCGAUUUCCGAAUACGGAAUCUUGGGGUUCGAGCACGGGUACUCGAUGGCCGAUCCGAACUCUUUGGUCAUUUGGGAGGCUCAAUUCGGCGAUUUCGCCAAUAAUGGACAGGCGAUGUUCGAUUGUAUGAUCGCCAGUGGUCAGUGGAAAUGGGUGAGACAGUGCGGAUUGGUCAUACUAUUACCUCACGGAUUAGAAGGUAUGGGUCCGGAACAUUCCAGCGCAAGAAUGGAGCGUAUGUUGCAGUUGUGUUCGGAUAACGCGGACAAUAUACCGCCGAAUACACCCGAGGCUCCCAUUAAUCAGUUGAGAGAAAUCAACUGGAUCGUUGCCAAUGUUACUACUCCUGCCAAUUUGUUCCAUAUUUGGAGGAGACAGAUUAAGUUGCCCUUUAGAAAACCUCUGUUGGUGUUCACUCCCAAGAGUCUCCUGAGACAUCCAGAGGCCCGGAGUAAAUUUGACGAAAUGAAAGAAGGUACCGAGUUCCGAAGGGUUUAUCCUGAAACCGGACCGGCCUCCAAGAACCCCGUUAAUGCGGCCAAACUAAUUUUCUGCACCGGUAAGGUGUAUUUUGAUUUUAUUCAUAAAAUUAAGGAGGCGAAGAUGGAGGAGAAGAUUGCCCUUGUAAGAGUAGAGCAGAUCGCUCCAUUUCCCUAUGACUUGGUAGGAGAAGAGUGCAGUAAAUACGCGAACGCAAUGGUGUGCUGGGGCCAAGAAGAACAUAAGAAUUCCGGUGCUUGGACGUACGUGGAACCACGACUAAAUGCCCUUUUAAAGGGCCAACGUAAAGCUUCAUAUAUUGGUAGGGCACCAUCCGCCAGUACUUCUUCGGGCAACAAAAUUCAAUACAAUAACGAGUUUGAAGCACUAAUGAACGAAGUUGUGAAGAGUGGUCAUUAAGACUUGUGGUGUAUAUUGUAAGAGUAUAAAUAAUAAAGACGUUUUUUUUUUAAAAAACCCGCACUAUAUUUAUAAUAUAAAUAAUAAUUACCUACA